AUUUAUUAUGCUACUCUUUGCUAUGUAUUAUACUACUCUUUGGCAGGCAGGCAAAACUACAGCGACGCUAAUUCGAUGGUUAAGUUUUGUCGUCGGUUUUCUUAAUGAGUCUCGUGUUUUAAAAUAGAAACUAAGGAUUUUUAAAGAAUGUCGUUAUUUAAUCAAUUUUAUCGCUUCAAUAAUUAUGUAGUCGGAAGCUACAAAUCCAUAUUACAUGGAAGUAACUGGUUGCAACAGCAAGUAUGCAGUUAUACAAAAAAAUCAGCUGAGGAUAGACUAGGCAUAGAAAAACCAAAAAGGCCGUUGACUCCAUUCUUCAAAUUUAUGACACAAAUGAGGCCAGCCUUACUGGCUAAGAAUCCAGGAAUCACAUCAAAGGAAGCUAUAGUAUGGAGUUCCAAACAUUGGCAACAGCUUGACGCUGAGACAAAAACCCAAAUGACAAAAGAAUAUGAAAAAGACUUGGAGGACUAUAGGAAAAUCAAGGAAUUGUAUGAAAAAUCUUUGACUGAUCAACAAAAAGCAGACAUACAAAGAGUUAAAGAGGAGUUAGCAGAAGCUAGAGAAAAAAGGAAAUUGAAAGCUGAAUACAAAGAAAUGGGUCGUCCUAAAAAACCCAUGUCUUCAUAUUUUCUAUUCUCACAAACAAAGAAAGAAUCUUUUCAAUCUAAAAAUCUCAAAGAAUUUCAAGAAAACGUCAAGUCUGAAUGGGUUAAAUUACCUGAAAGUGAAAGGAUCAAAUAUGAAAAGCAAGCACAAAAUCUAAUGGAUAAAUAUAAAAAAGAUCUGGAAGCAUGGGAACUGAAAAUGAUAAAUAUUGGACGAACAGAUUUAGUCCGUGUAAAACCCUCACGGGAGAAGAAACCAAAGACUGCUAAGACAAACCAAUAGGGACUCGGGUGCUCUGAGGACUCUACUGACUUAAUUACAGAGCUUAGUAUUAAGAAAAAUUAUAAUACAGAGGUAGAAAGUAUUAAGUUAAAUAGUUCUAGUCUAGAAGUGCCAAUAAGGCUAAAUAACACAGAAGUUCCAAAUAUAAAUAAGUCAGAAGAAAAUCAGAGCACGGGUGACAAGGGUAAUCUUAGUUUGAAUAUUGCCAGAUCUAAAUCACACUUAGAAGAAAAAAGUAAGACAUUUAUAAGUAGUAUAAAAAGCUUUUUCAAAUUUUGAUAGAAUGUACAAAUUUUUUUUUUUCUUUCUUUACUGUAAAUGUAGUUUUUUUUUGACAUUUGAAUACAUUAUUUUGAUAACAAUCAUCCUAUUUUUUUUUCUCACCUAGCCUAUGCCAACUAUUAUAACCCAUUAUUUUCAUUUUGAUCAUUAAUUUGAUUACUCCUUUAAAAUGAAAUAUUAAUUGAAACAUUUUAUUACAGGUUUAGUACAGGGAGUUGAUAAUUUAUGAACAUUUUGGAAUUAAAUGAAAUAAAAUUCAUUAAAAAAACCCAUUCUUUAAUUAAAUAUUACAAAAUAUAAUUAAUUAUAAUCAACUUUUUAUUUACAUUGAAUUGUUUGUCCUUUAUUUACAACUGAAAUUAUACUGAUAACUAAGUUAAUACAUAAAAUGAGAGAGACAGAUACAUUUUUUAAUGUUCUAUUAACAGGUUCCUAAUCUUUUUGGUGAAUACCUGACAUAUAUUUAUAUAUCAGCGUUAAUAAUAUAUGAUGUUAUCCUAGUUUCCUCAAAUUGAUGACAUAAUUAAAUAUAUAUUCUGAUUCAGGAUGACAGCUAUUAAGGUGCUCAGAUAAUGUUCAAAAAUUCCUAACAACCAUCCCAACACCACCCACGACCAAGGUUAAGAAAUACUGUUCUGAUAUUACAAGGAUUGGACUAUAAAACAAGAGAUAGUAAUGUAUUUAGGCCUUUACAAGUUUUGGCAAAAACGGUUAUGCAAAAUGCAAAAAAAAAAACUGUUUUCCUAUUAAACUUUUGAAGUUAAUAAAGUAGUAAUAUAUAUAAAUUACAAACACUGAAUGAAUUAAAUGCAUAUGAAAAACGUUAAGUACCAUUUUUAUGUCCUUUGAGAAGUAAAUUAUGAUUGCAUCAACCUGCAUAAAUAAAUUGUUAAAAUUAUAUAUUAAUAUGCAAAUGAUCUGUUAUAAAGUCAAAUUUGGUAUGAAUACCAUUGUUGAAUAGUUAAAGUGAAAUACAGAACUGGUGUGUAUGUAUAAUUUGUAAUCUUAGUUUUAUUCAUAGCUACAUAUGUACAAAACGGCUCACAAUUUGUUAAAAACUAAAAUGGCAAUAUGUGACUAAAACGCACACAUGUCAAUCUUCUCACUUAUAUAUAAAGGCACAAGCAAUCAAAACUAUGGAACAUUCUUGUAUUUGCUAACCAGCUAUUGUAAGAAACUUCAGUCGGUAUAAUGCCCUUAGAAUGGCCACAGCACAAUGAAGUUAUCACUAAGUAACAAAAUUGUCUCUAACUAAAUUGUAAAGCAUUUGUAUACAAAUUGUUGUAAAAAGAAAAAUACAGGCAUCUUGACUGAAUGCACCAGCCCAUAAUAAAACAUUAAUAAUCUUGUGCAUCCCAUUAGAUGACAUACCAUUCAAAAGCAGAAACAAGUUUGCAAUGCUUGAAUUAUUCUGUUUCGGUAACCAUAGUGAUUUCGUGAUACUGUAUAUUAAUAGAGGGACGAAAAAAUAAGAAUUUUCGAGUGGAAAUGCAGUCAGUGUAUGUAUGAAUUGUAUGACUAAUGAAAGUAAUACUAUGUCGUAUUUGUACGUAACAACUAACUUCCAUAAUGGUAGUUGAACGUUUUCAGGAGUAAUUUGUGAAGUGGGAGCAAUCCAGUCUGCGACUGCUGAAACUAUAUCUUCAUCACCAGAUGCGACGUCAUGUCUCAAUAUUAAUGGUUCAAAUGAUCCUGUUGACGUUCCAAGACCACCAUUUUGAAUAGAAUACUCAGAAAUACCGCUAUCAGACGUUAAAGGAGAUAACGCACUUUCGUAUUUAUGAGGUAUUGGAGACACAUCAGUCGAUUCUGAAAUAGAAACAAAUGUUUGGUAGUAAUCAGACCGAUGAAUAUGAGUCAAAAGAUUCCUAAAAAGCAUAAAAUUACCUUUAGAAGCAACACUGAAAUCUUCGUUACUACAUUUUCCUGAUAUUAGUUGGAGUCUAUUGUGAGAAUUUUCUAAUAUUCUUUUUCGUCGAGCUUCACGCCGAGCUUCAAUAUCAGCCAUGUUUACGAC